AUGAUUAUCUACGAGGACAUUAUCUCCGGAGACGAGAUCCUCUCCGACACCUUCGAUAUCAAGCCCGCCGCUGAUUGCCCCAUCCUCUGGGAGACCGACUGCCGCAAGUACCUCAAGAGGGCCAACGAGGACUUCGAGCUCGAGGGUGCUAACCCCUCCGCCGAGGGCGGAGAUGAGGAAGGUGGUGAGGGUGAGGCCGUCAUGGUCCACGACAUUGAGGACCAGUUCCGUCUUGUAUGGCUCAAGACCGAGGAGGGCCUCAAGCCCUCCAAGGAUUCCUUCAAGGCGCACCUGAAGAGCUACCUCAAGAAGGUUAUGAAGAAGCUCGAGGAGAACGGUGCUCCCACCGAGACCAUCGAUGAGUUCAAGAAGGGUGCUCCCGCUGCCAUGAAGAAGAUCAUUGCCAACUACGACAACUACGAUGUCAUGAUGGGACAGUCCAUGGACGGCGAUGCCAUGCACGUCCUGAUUGACUUCCGUGAGGACGGUGUUACCCCCUACGCCACCGUCUGGAAGCACGGCUUCAGAGCGACCAAGGUCUAA